AUGGGAACUACCGAUUGUCGUCGUCAUGGCUUCAUAUUAGUUCUUGUUCUGUUUCUUACCUCUAUCUCUUGUUUAGCUUCAAAAAUGGACUUCUCUUCUAAGUUGGGCAAUCAGAUUCCAGUUUGUCGUCAUCAAAACAGGUCUAGGGCCCCUGUAUUGAUGUUUGAUUGCAAAGAGAAAGGAUAUGUUUUCUCAAAGAUCAAUUUCGCCGACUAUGGCCAUUCAAGUGGUGAUUGUGGUAACUUUAGACGCGGCACUUGUGGUGCACCCGAUACCUUGAGGCUUGUCAAAAAGGUUCGAAAAAUCAACCAACAUUAA